UAGAAAUUGUAUGUUGCAAUUGUAACUGCUGCCUGCGGAUUGUUGCUGCGUGCCCUGUUGCUGGGGGAAUUUGCUUGAGUGUUACCAAAUUGAAGUAUAAGUGAUGGGUUUAAGGUAUUGAUGUCGGAUGCUGGCUGAAUCGGUUUCCAAGUAGAGGUCUGGAGAGAAUUAUGAAAUGCUGGAGGCGGAGAGGAAGUUUUAGAUUAGGGUUUGGGGUGACUGUCUUGAUAGAUUUUGAAAAGCACGAAAGUAAUUAUUGGAUUUUUUGUGUUUGACUUCAUGCUCCUUAAUUUGGCGAGAGGGCAAGAAAGUGUGAGAUCAGUAAAUAUGUUCUCAGGUUUUGAGCUGACCAAGAUCGAUCGUAAUGUGCCUGGCGUAGACUGGUGUGAAUGCCGAGUGAAUGAGAGCUCGAAUACGGCGUAUUGAUACAGCAUGAUGCAGGCGAAAAUGAAGUCAAGGAAGGGCAAGGGGACCCCUCAUCCCAAAGGAAGAAGAUCCUUAGUGCACACAUCAUAUGAGGAGGACGACUCAUCUAGUCAGAUACAACAUAGUGAACCCGAUCAAGUAUUACGCACACAAACCAAAAGUCCUCUUCAGAACUUGCUUCAUAUUCAUACACAGGUUACGCAAACGCUGCAGCAGAUUGAUACUAUGGUGCUGAGUAUUCACAAGCUUUCAUCAUCAAAUCAUAUAGCUCCUGAAGAAGUACAGGACUUUGCUGAUGCUUUAACAAGCAUUGAUGAAAAUCUCCAGGAUUGGAACAGUUUCUUUGAGACAGCCGCUAAGCGAUCAUCUGCGUCACGUAACAACCUUGAUCAAGAGCCGUGCAACUUAAGAGGCCCUGAAUCAACACCGAUUCGUGGAGAAAAUUGUGCGACUAACUGCUCAUUAGUUGCUGAUCUCGAGUCUGGUUCCAUUAGUUAUUCCCCACUGGUUGCGACUGCUUUGUUAAAUUGUAAGAGUCCCUGUGGUAGUGAACCUCUCAUAUUUACCCCUCCAGAUAGCACAGGUUGCGUACUUAGCAGUACAGAGUUGACCCCAUCACCUCAAACACCCCGUUUAACUCGAGUCCUUUCUACUGUUAGCGAAAGCCCAUCGUUGUCCACCCCAUCAGAUUUCGUUUCUUUUCUUUCUAAGAGCGAUGCUCAUCAGUCUCUAGGGCUCGAGGAACUUUUGACCGCAGAAUAUUCGACCUGCCGGACCAAUUUGGUAUUUGAGACUCCUCUAGCGCAAGUCAUUCGUCACGAGCAGCUCAACGACUGCUUGGUUUUCCCGGAAACUCCUGGAUUCAGUUUCUCGCCUCCCAGAACUUGUAGACCGCUAAGACCUGGAGAGACUGCCUCGAUGGAGAGUGAUCCAGUUCCACCUACUCCUGUUGUACCUAGCCCUUUCAGGACGCCUGGCAUUCUCUUAAAAUGCAAUGGCAAAACUAUGGAUAGCAGUUCCGCUGACUCUCCCGGAAUCAUAGACGAUAUAACUGCCAGCACGAUGAAGCGUUUGGGUCCAAGAGGCCUGGAAGAGAGGCUCUGGCAAGAGCUUACAUUUCGCAGAGCUGACAUCCUUCAGUCUACCAACAUUAGGUAGUGCCUAUGAGACGGCUUGAUUUAUUUGACAGCUCCAGAGGAAAAGAGGCAUCUAUGUGUUGUCUUGUUUAACAAGGGAACAUACUUGGUGUAAUUGGCGCAAGUUCCCAGACCCAGUAAAGCUUCCUGGAGAGACUGGUUUCGCUGGACUAAACUACACAAUGUACAUUUACGGCAGAAAUUUUAGUACUAGAAUACCUUGUAAACUUAACUGGUGACUAAAGGUACGAGGCUCCUGAAACGGGUUGGCUGUAGCUUCUGGCCCAAACCUUACCACCAAUUCUAAAGCCUGUGGGCCUUCGUGGAAGAUGAUGUCACCUGGUCAACUCAUGGCCACUCUUUGAGCUCACAUGUGGGGGCUAGACAUGCUUAAGCUCUCAUGAGCAUCUCUCUCAGAUUCGA